AGAUUUUAUAGUAGGAGUGAUAAAUAGUAAUCUGUUCAUAUUACACCCUACAUCUUUGCAUAUGCUCCGAGUGAAAGUACUCCAAGCAUUAAAUCUGUAAAGAUGGAUCACUCGGAGAGCCGCAAAUCGAAGGAGAAAACCUUCCUUUUCACAUCGGAAUCUGUGGGAGAGGGACACUCUGAUAAAAUGUGUGACCAAAUUAGUGAUGCCGUUCUGGAUGCUUACCUGUCUCAGGACCCUGACUCCAAAGUAGCAUGUGAAUGCGUGGCUAAGACAGGCAUGAUCCUUCUGUGUGGAGAGGUGACAUCAAAUGCAGUUGUUGAUAUUCAGAGGGUGGUGAGAGAUACCAUUAAGAAAAUUGGAUAUGAUUGUUCGGCCAAAGGCUUUGAUUAUAAGACCUGCAAUGUCCUUUUGGCCUUACAACCACAAUGUCCUGAAAUAACCGACUGUGUGUUUGAGGGGAGAAACGACGAGGAUGUUGGAGCAGGGGAUCAAGGCGUGAUGUUUGGCUAUGCAACAGAUGAAACUGAGGAGUGCAUGCCACUGACCAUUCUCAUGGCACAUCGACUCAAUGCUAAAAUGAAAGAGCUGUCUAAAACAGAAUGUCCCUGGAUUAUGCCUGACUCAAAAUCACAGGUUACUGUGGAGUAUCGGGAGAACAUGGGCUCCACGGAACCCCUCCGUGUUCACACUGUGGUUAUCUCAGUCAACCAUACCCCUGACAUCACUGCGCAGGAAAUCAGACUGCAGCUUUUGGAAAAGGUUGUUAAGGCAGUGAUUCCAGCCAGAUACCUUGACAACAGGACCAUUUAUCACCUUUUGCCCAGUGGGAAGUUUCUGGAAGGUGGACCAAGGGCUGAUGCUGGCCUCACUGGCAGAAAGAUAAUUGUGGACACAUAUGGUGGAUGGGGAGCUCAUGGAGGAGGGGCGUUCUCCGGGAAAGACUGCUCCAAAGUGGAUCGUUCUGGGGCCUAUGCGGCCCGCUGGGUAGCCAAGUCUCUGGUGAAAGCAAAGCUGUGCAAGCGGGUCUUAGUUCAGAUAUCUUAUGCAAUUGGGGUGAGCCAUCCUUUAUCCAUAUCUCUUUUUCACUAUGGCACUUCUCCAUUGGAUGAGGAUGAGCUUCUUCAAAUUGUGAAUAAGAACUUCGACUUGAGGCCAGGAGUGAUUGUUAAGGAGCUGGGUCUGAAAAAACCCAUCUACCAAGCCACUGCCUGCUAUGGACAUUUUGGAAGAGAUGAGUUUCCGUGGGAGAAGCCAAAAACCCUUGUACUCUAAAAUAUCAAGAAAUAAAAUUCCCAAUAAGCAUAAAUCAUUUCUAAUGAGUUGCACACUAGGCCUAGCCUGGGUGUACCCAUCCUGCCUUGCGUGGACCAAUCACAGAACAGGGGAGAAAGCAACACCAUGAUGAGCUAUGCACAGACGCAUUUGAUAGACAUCUGUGGUGCCCAAUGAAUGGAUCUGUGCAUUUUUUUCAAAUACAAGAAAAUGAAUGUCUGGUUGCCUGACCACGUCUCAUUUGAGAAGUGGUAGGCACUAGCCAGGCUACACUAGGCCUACAUUUUAUAAACUAUGAUUUAAGGCACAUUUCAGGGAAUGUCUAAUAAGGGACUCUGCCUGGUACAUUUUGUCUUAAGAAGCAUGUUAAAUUGUAUGAUAUGAAAUAAGAAACACUAUUGUGCAACU